AUGGGGGAUUUGGAGAAGCAAGAGAGGGUGGAAGAGGGAAGGGAUGAAAAUGGGGAGGGAGAAAAGGAGAGGCUUUUGGAUGGGAAGGCGGUUGUGGAUUUUGACAAACUUUGUUCCUCUGUGGCGUUGCGAAGUGCGCAUGGAAGUUGGGGGAAGCUUCGGGGUGGGGAAGAGGAGCAUCAAGGUGGGGUUUUGAGGAUGUGGGAGGGUGAACUCCUCGAUUGCUUUGAGGAUCGUCGCAUCGCUUUUGAAUCUGCGUGUUGUCCUUGCUACCGAUUUGGGAAGAACAUGAAGCUAGCUGGUUUUGGUUCUUGCUAUAUCCAGGCUAUAGUUUAUUUUCUCCUUGUUAUUGGUGCCCUUGUUACUUUCGUUGCCUAUACUAUCACGAGGACUCGCUACUUCCUAUACCUAGCGGUUGCAUUCACCAUUGCUGUUGGAGCAUAUUUAGGAUUCUACCGAACUCGAAUGCGAAAGAAAUUCAACAUCAAGGGUAGUGAUAAUUCGUUGGACGACUGCGCCUACCAUUUUGUCUGUCCUUGUUGCACAUUAUGCCAGGAAUCAAGAACACUUGAGAUGAACAAUGUUCAAAAUGGGACAUGGCACGGUCGGGGUGACACACUAUGUAUAGCUAGCUAUAGAGAUGAAAGGAAACCUCUGUUUGAGUUAAGUCCUCCUUCUGUUGUGUCCAUGAUGUCUACUGAUGAAAAUUGCACGGAAAACAGCACAGAUGCGGCUAGCAAUGGUUCUUGA